CCCAAGUGGAUAAGUUAAGUACCGGGCAUCCUAUCAAGAUUUGCACUUGCCCCAGGACCGUUCUUGGUAAAGUCGGCCCCUAAAGUAUUCAGAAGACUUUACGAAUACGAAGUAUUGGGCACUUGCACAUUUGCUUAUAAGUAUCGACAUACCUACAGAUUGCCUAAUUGGUGUCUCUCUCGCCAUAGCCCUUUCGUGGCCUAGCCGUUAGCGCAGCCAAUCCAAGGCUCAAUCACCUACUCUGUGACUAUCUGCUGGACCAGCUUCAUUAUAUUUACCCGGAGAAGGCAGAACCUGUCGUUGGCGUCAUCGCGGCUGCGCAUGUGGUGCAAGCUUGCACAUCCCCAACACGCCGGAGUCCAAACGACGCUAGCCACGGCAAUGAGGGCUCUCAACUUCAUACAACGGGGCCUUACCCUCCCAGCCGCAACCCCAUGCCCACCUUCAAACGCCAUCUACAACCCCAGCCCUCCAUCCCUCGCCUCGACGGCCUCCUGCAGCCCCCGCUGCCUCCCUCCUGCUCCCACACCUCUCCACCAUUCCUCCAGCCCCUACCUCCUGCAUCACCAUCGUCGCCUGAGCCUCUGCUCAGCCGCCUUCACCUCACACUCCGGCUCCACUGCUAUCCCCUCUGCUACCGCUGCUGCUUCCACGUGUGCCCCUGUCGCCCCUGCUUCCGCAGCAACAGCCUCCGCUGUAACGCCGCUACGCUUCCGCUCCGGUCGCCGCCGCAUGACGGCCCUCGAACGCGCCGCCGCGGCGGCCCAUGACGCUCUGGCGGAGGCCCAUGCUGCUGCUGCUGCUGCGGCGGCGGCGGCGGCCCCUGCAAAGGGGGCCGCUUCUACUGUGAAGGGUGCAGCAGCAUCCAGAGGGGCUACUGUUGCUGCUGUUGGUGCUGCUCCUGGAGUUACCCCGAGGCAGAAGGACUUCGGGACUCGGCCUAGGGCGGCGUCAGUGGCGGCAGCGGCCGCGUCGCGUACGGCAGCUGCAGGGCCGCUGGCGAUGACGGAGGGCGGGUUUGGGGAUGGGGCGGAGGAGGAGCAGGAGCGGGAGGAAGGGGAGGAGGAGAUGGGACAGGAGGAGCGGCAAGCGGUGGAGAGGCGACGACGCUUCGUGGGCCAGCUGCAGGGUGUUCCCCACGUGGUGUCAGCCGCCGAGCACCUGGGCAGUGCGCGCAAGCGGGCAGCCAAGGUGGCGCCCUCGGCAGGCAUCAAGAACGCCGCGGAGAAGGAGCGCAACCGCGCUGCCCGUCGCCUGGACACCCUCAUGCAGGCUCUGGCAGUGCCGCUGGGUCGCUAUGUGGCGGCCUUCCCGCAGCCCGACCGGCUGCACCCCUUUGAGAGGGAGCUGCUGGCGCUCACGGUGGGUGAGGCGGCGUAUUGCGGGGCACUGCAGCGAGUGGAGCGGCUGAGGAAGGCUGUGCAGGAGGUCGGCAAGGGCGCUGCCAGUCGUGCCGCCCAGGCGCCCAACAAGGCUGCUGCCACGGCCGCAAGCGAGGAGGGGGUGGCGGCGUUGGAGGCCGUAUUCAGCGCGGGGGCACGCCACGUGGACGCUCUCAAGGAGGUUGCCAAGCAGCUGCGCUCGCUGCCCUCCCUGGACCCCUCGCUGCCCACUCUGGCGCUGGUGGGGGCACCCAACGUGGGCAAGAGCAGCCUCGUCAACAUCCUGUCCAGCGGCACACCCGAGGUGUGCAACUACCCCUUCACCACCCGCUCCAUCAAGAUGGGCCACUUCUACCUGGAUGCGCAGAAACACCAGGUCACCGACACCCCCGGUCUGCUGCGCCGCCCCGACGCCGCCCGCAACCGCAUGGAGCGCCUCACGCUGGCGGCGCUGGGCUGCCUGGACGCGGCGGUGGUGGUGUUCGUGGCGGACCUGACGGGGGAGUGCGGCACGGGGGUGGCGGACCAGUGGGCCAUCAGGAGGGAGCUGCAGUCUCGCUUCCCCGGCCGGCCCUGGAUCGACGUGCUGUCCAAGUCGGACAUGCUUGAGGACGUCUUCGCCGCGGCAGAUGAGCUCAUCCGCAAACGGCAGGCCACCGGGUCAGACGAACGACCCACGGGUCAAUGGCCAAUGCAGCCCUCCUUGGCAUCGGCAGACCGGCAGCAGCAGCAGACGGUGACGACAGAAGCAAUGAGGAGCAGUGGCAGCAGCAAGCCGCAAGAGGAGGAGGAGGUGAAGGGGGAAGGCGUAAAAGAGGGACCACGACAGGAGCAUAGGAAAGAGCAGGACGAGGAGGAGGAGGUAGAGAGUGCGGUGGAGGUGGCUGCUCGCCUCACCCAUGCGGUCCGCAUCUCCUCCCUCACGCACGACGGCAUUCCCCAGCUGCAGCUCGCCAUUAUCCGCACGCUUCGGGCGCGACAGGCAGCGCAGCAGCAACAGAUGCUCCAGCAGCAACAGCAGGCGGCACAGGCGCGGGCACUAGCACAGCAGCAGCUGGGGCAGCAGGGAGAGCAGCGGCAGGGACUGCCGGUGGUCACGUUUUUCAGCCCGUGAAGGAAAGGGGUUGGGCGUUGUUGUGUGGUUGGAUGGGGCGCAUGGGGCGUUGUUGUGGCGUUGCUGGACGGAUCAGAUCGGGAACCUUACCGCUGAUGCAGACCUGGGGUGGAUGGCCUAAGCUUACAUGCGAUUGUCGCUUGGGUGGGAUGGUUGAAUGGAAGGGUGUGGCUGUGGGGCCUUGUGCACAUGCACUUAGGAAGUCCGUACUCCACGUCUACGUCUUGUUAUGUAUAAGAAUACCGUUGCAAGCCUGUUGCAAGUCCGAAAUCACGCACCACAUGUGGAUAAGUUUGUCACACCAGAAUAUAAACACGGGUGACAACAUCAUGGGGCUUAUCAUGGAG